GAGGAAUUUCACUGGAGAAAAAAUGGCUUCAAAACUAGAAAGUGAUUUCUCCUGUCCUGUGUGCUGUGACAUCUUCAAUGACCCCGUUGUCCUCUCCUGUAGCCACAGUAUUUGUAAAGUAUGUCUGCAGAAGUUCUGGAAGACCAAAGGAUCCAGAGAAUGUCCACUUUGCAGGAGGAAAUCAUCAAAUCAGUUUCCUCUCCCAAAUCUGGUCUUAAAGAACUUGUGUGAGACCUUCUUACAGGAGAGAAGUCAGAGAGCUUCAGCAGGGUCUGAGGUGCUCUGCAGUCUGCACAGUGAGAGACUCAAACUCUUCUGUCUGGAGGAUAAACAGCCUGUGUGUCUGGUGUGUCGAGAUUCAAGAAAACACACCAACCACAAGUUCCAGCCUAUAGAUGAAGUCACAUCUGACCUUAAGGAGGAAGUGAAUAGGAGACUAGGCCCUUUACAGAAGAAGUUGAAGGUCUUUGAAAAGUCAAAACUCACCUUUAUCCAAUCCAUAGAAUAUAUCAAGACUCAGGCCUUAAACACAGAGAGGCAGAUCAAGGAGGAGUUUAAGAAGCUUCAUCAGUUUCUACAAGAUGAAGAGUCAUCCAGGAUAGCUGCACUGAGGAAGGAAAAGAAACAAGCGAGUCAGAUGAUGAAGGAGAAGAUUGAGAAGAUGAGCAGAGAGAUCUCAUCUCUUUCAAACACAAUCAGAGUCAUAGCAGAGGAGAUGAGAGCUGAUGAUGUCACAUUUCUACAGAACUACAAGAGCACGGUAGAAAGAGCCCAGUGCACACUGCAGGAUCCAGAGAUGGUUUCAGGAGUUCUGAUCAAUGUGGUAGAGCACCUGGACAAUAUAAACGCCAAAGUGUGGAAGAAAAUGAAAGAGAUUGUUAAGCACACUCCUGUGACUCUGAAUCCCAGCAGUGCGCACCCAGAUCUAAUCCUGUCUGAGGAUCUGACCAGUGUAACAUACAGUCAAAAUAACCCACAACGGUUCGAUAAUUAUUGGGCUGUUCUAGGCUGUGAGGGCUUUAACUCUGGGACUCACUGCUGGGAUGUGGAGGUUGGAGACAAUGCACGCUGGGUCGUGGGUGUGAUGGCAGAGUCUACCCAGAGAAAAGGAGACUGUUACUCCAACAGUGGACUGUGGAUUGUAUGGAAUACUGAUGGUCAAUAUGGAGCACGUUCUACACCACGGCCCUCCUCUCUCCUCACAGUGAAGCAGAAACUCCAUAGGAUCAGAGUGCAGCUGGACUGGGACAGAGGAGAGCUGUCAUUCUCUGACCCUGAUAAUAACAGACACCUACACACCUUCACACACACUUUCACUGAGAGAGUGUUUCCAUAUUUUGCUAAUCGCUGUGAAUUCUCUCCUCUGAGGAUCUUACCAGAAAAGGUUUAAAUAACAGCGGAAUAAUACUGCCAUGGAUCAUGUGCCUUGGAACAACAGCUGUACACAUGGCAGGGCUGAAAAGGGGGAUUUUCAUUAAGUGUCUGUGGAUUGUUAUGUGUCUAGAGUGUUAUUCCAUGAUUUUAUUUUCUCUAUAUCAAAAAACGUUCAUACGCCUUUCUUCAAUUUGUAUUUUCUCUAACUGUCAUCACAAAUGUCAAUGUCAUAAUCAUAUUAAUUUAUUUGUCACUUGCAUGGGUGUGUACAUGUACAAAAUGCAGUGAACAUGGGGUUUGCAGCCAUUCCCCACUGUGUAAAGGAAAGAUAUUACAUGUGAGUAUGUAUGAAAGUGGAAAGAAGAGCAUUAAAGGCACAGUCAGGGAUUUUAUGCAAUUUCAAGCCCAUAACAUUUUUUGUCACAAUCAGCAAUCAUCUCCUCACGACAGCUAGCUGUCCAUUCCGUGAUUACACUGUAAAAAAUAAACAGCCUCUGUAGGCAGCCCAGGCUCAGAAAACUGGAAACAAACAAAGUGGGGGCAGCCUGUCCCUCAAAGAAAAACAAAACCCUGCAUGGAAUUUCUCUGGGAAUACUGAAGGUAGGGGUGAGGUGUGUUUGGUUUGGUCCUUGUUUAAAAUAUAAUGUACUUUUUUGCACAAAAGCGUCUGCAAAUGAAUGUAAUGUUGCAGUUUGUGUGUCAUCCUCUUGGUUAAAAUAUAAUGUACGUUUUUUUUGUUGCACAAAAGUGUU